UGAAAGGUGAAAGGGAUGGGUGAUGGGGCUGAUGGCUACGGCAUCUUCCGUCAAACUAUUUCUUCGUGUCUACCUGCAGGCUCUCAACUCCCAACACCAAUUCCUUCAGCUUCCAUUCUUCAUCACAGUAACAGGGAGAAGCUUCUGCGUCAUCAGGAAGGGAAGUGCCUCUCAGUUGUGUUGCUCUUGGAUGCGAUGGUGCCGUGGAAGAUGGAGGCGCGCCUGGCCGAGACGGUGUGGGUGGUGCUCCUCGGCUGGGUCUCCUCCUGCCUCACCGUCGCCGGCGACGUCGCGCGGGCGCUCAGAAGCAGCGAUCUCUCCGUCUAAAAUUCACUUUCGACAUCGCCGGCUGCGAAGAACCGACGACUCUGCCUGGCGCUCCGUUUGGCGCGGAGGGAAAGAAGAUUGCAGGGUAACCAGUCCGUAGACAGAGUUCAUCCAUAGAAGGGCGAGUUUGAUGUAAAAGUGAAAUCUUCAUGUAGCAUAGAUGUAAAAUUUUGUGUCAAGUAGAGAAAGAGCUAUUGCUCAGAGUGUCCUGACUUUCUAACACAGAUAGCACUGAAGGAACUAAUAUGGCUGCUGCA